AUGCGAACGAUAAAUAUACGAUGUAACUGGAAUGAUCUUCAUGAGAUUCGAGAACGAUUAUGCGCAUCACUUCAAAAAUGCGCCAAUCGAUUACACUGGAAAACUCUAUCAUUUAUCAUAACUCAUUACAGCAGUUCUCUUCAAUUUUCCAUUCAAGCCACAGUAUCGCCAUCAAUGAAAUUUGAGAAGGAGCAAAAACUGCCAGUAUUAUCGUCAAUUCAGGAAGAGAAAGAAAAGACAAAGCUGCUUGAAGCAAAAAAAGAAAUCUCAGAUUGGCCUAUCCAAACAUCCAAACCAGAAGCUGAAAAUCAAUUAGAAGUUGUAGCACCAACAAUACAAAAAUCUGAAAUGAUCGAAUCUAAGAAGAAUCUCCUUUCAGAGCAGAUCCAAGAACAAGAAGAAACACCAAAUGCUAUCAAUGGACAGCAGAAAAAUAGAUGUAAUGUCGCUACGCAGAUCGAUUUGAAAGUUGGAACAGAGCUGCAAAAAUUAAGUGCCUCCACCACCGUAUUUUUCGGACCAUAUUUAUUAAUUAAGGAUGGAACACAAUCAGUAAAAUGUGUACAGGUCGGAGAUGGCAAUAUUAAACAAAUAAAAUAG